AUGUCUCGCCAACGUCGACCGGUACAGGGGGAAGAGUCAGACAGCCCAGCAACUAAGCUGGCCAAUUUAGUUCUGGAAGUACCACCAAAGCUAAUGAAGAAACUUCUACACUGGGAUGAGCUACCACAUUGGCAGCGCGAUAAUCACCACAUUCAUACUGGAUAUCGCCCAGCCUCGUCGUCAUUUUGGGUCUCAUUCCAAUCAUUGGGCUAUUUUCACAAUGAGACAGUCAAUAUCUACACUCAUCUUUUGCCGUCCAUAUUGGCUAUUCCUGCGAGCUAUCAGCUGUAUAAUGCUUUGACACCUCGUUAUCAAACCGCAGAUUCCUCUGAUAUUGCUGCGUUCAUCUGCUUUUUCUCUGGUGCUGCUUUUUGCCUGGGAAUGUCUGCUACAUACCACACAAUCUCCAAUCAUUCACCGGCCGUGGCUCGUAUUGGUAAUGCACUUGACUAUAUUGGCAUUGUUGGACUCAUCGUGGGUAGCUUUGUGCCCAGCGUCUUCUACGGAUUCUAUUCAUUGGGCUGGGGUGUGUGGGUGUCUCAAUUCUCCCACGGUUCCGAACCCCCCCGUUGGCGACCAUUCCGAGCUGCCAUGUUCGUUGGGAUGGGCCUGUCGGCUGUCUUCCCCGUGGUUCAUGGUCUUGUUCUUUUUGGGUUCGAGCGCAUGCGACAGCAGAUUGGCCUUAGCUGGCUUUUACUCCAGGGAUUCUUAUACAUCCUCGGUGCUGCCAUCUAUGCUGCACGGAUACCCGAGAGAUUGCGGCCCGGUCAAUUUGACCUUGUUGGCAGCUCGCAUCAGAUCUUCCACGUGCUUGUUGUCUGUGCAGCAAUAGCCCAUCUGACAGGCCUUUUGAAAGCUUUUGAUUAUCGGCACGGCGGUACUGCCGAAAUUUGUCAGAUUCAGAUUCCACGCGGCUGA